AUGCCUCCUCCGCCGGUGCCACCGAAACCGCGUUCCGCCUCAGCUAUGGCGGAGCCGAUUGUUGAGAUACCGGAACGACGAGGUGUACUUCCUGCACAAGUACGUCCACUUGUACAACGACCACCAAGUCCGCGUGAUGCUGGCAGGGCUACUCCAAGUAUUGAGCCGGAUCUGGUUGGCAAGGACAGGUAUGACAAAGCCUCGAAAUGCUUUUCGUACGCGCCUACGAAAGCGUUAAACGAGGCGUUUGAACGCCCCAGAAAGAGUUCGGUUACGAAAGUGGAGCGUAGAGAAGAAGAAAUACAGAACAUUGACCCAAAUGAAGUCAGCAAGGUAAGCGAGAUCUUCUUGCCUUAA